AUGUAUACCGCCCCCCCAUCGCCCACCCGCCUACCAUCGCACCAACCGCCUUCUGCAUUCAGCGCAAUGCGCGAGGUGUGGCAAGUGGAUCUUGUGGCGAGGGGAGAUCGCUCAUCGCUCAUCGCUCAUCGAGAUUGA